AUGGGUAUUGAACGAUUCGUGUAUAAGCCAAGGACAAAGAAAGUGGUAUUAGCGUCGCUCAGGGGGAAAUAUCCUAGCGUGAACUACGAUGAAGAUGAUGAUGUAAGAAUAUACAUUUUGAGAUGUCCGUUUGAGUACAAGUCUUUUAUAAAGAGUUUGGAACCCACAACAGUGAUUCUUCAAUUCAACACAUUCAGGGAAAUGUCCCAGCUACUAAACGUGUUGGACUGUCACGUUAUCGUAUUGAUAGACCCCAACUCUGUCAAAGAGAUUACCGCUAAAUCAACAAUAACAUUACAGCUAAUACGAUAUUUAUGUCAAAAAUACAAUUGCGAUUUGAUUGCUAAAGAGUUUGAUCUGUCUGAUGUGAGAACGCUUGUGGAUCUCGAUAUUCCCAUUAAGCCUACCUACGAGGAGACUGAUGAUAUUGUGUUGUCCAUACCAAAGUCGUGGGAUAGUUGGGGCAAGAUUGUCCUCCAUGGUAAAUCAGUUGCACUACCAGAAGACGAAUUGACUGGGGUAAUACGUAGCGAGGAAACACUACAGCAGCUUGAUGAGAACCUGUUGGAUGAAUAUUUAGAGCUAUAUACAAGUCCGGGUGUGGAGCCAGGAGCCAAGGUGCCCCAGACUUUGCAUGAGUUUGUAAAAGAGGUGUUUGAAUAA